AGCUCGAAUAUCAUACAGGAUUUAUGUAGGCUAUUAGGUUAUUAUUGUCACAAAAACAUCAAGCGUCUCAUCUUCAACUGCAAUGGAAUACAUUCGUCCGGUUAAUUAGACGCCUUCGAAUCGGGCCUGUUUUCGCAGUACACAAAGCAAUGUGGAGCAAAUAAAGAUCCUGAUACACUGAAACCAGAGAAUAUAGAUAAUGGGCUGUGUACAAUGCAAGGAUAAAGAAGCAACGAAACUCACGGACGACCGAGACACCAGCAUCUCCCAGAGUGCCCCAGGCUUCCGCUAUGGCGCCGAUCCCACGCCGCAGCACCAGCACUACCCCAGCUUCGGGGUCACCGCCAUCCCCAACUUCAACAACUUCCAGGCGCCUGUCGGCCAGGGGAUGACCGUCUUCGGAGGGGUCAACACCUCCUCCCACACCGGGACCCUACGCACCCGUGGCGGAACAGGAGUCACCCUCUUCGUGGCACUUUACGACUAUGAGGCGCGGACAGAGGACGACCUCAGCUUCAGGAAAGGGGAGAGGUUUCAGAUUAUCAACAGCACUGAAGGGGACUGGUGGGAUGCUCGUUCCCUCACCACCGGUGGAAAUGGUUACAUCCCCAGUAAUUACGUGGCUCCAGUGGACUCCAUCCAGGCUGAGGACUGGUACUUUGGGAAACUAGGCCGGAAGGAUGCAGAGAGGCAGCUGCUGUUCGCUGGUAACCCCCGUGGCACUUAUCUCAUCAGAGAGAGCGAAACCACAAAAGGUGCCUUCUCCCUGUCCAUACGAGACUGGGAUGACGUGAAGGGAGACCACGUGAAGCAUUAUAAGAUCCGUAAGCUGGACAGUGGCGGUUACUACAUCACUACCAGAGCUCAGUUUGAGACCCUACAGCAGCUGGUGCAGCACUACUCAGAGCGGGCAGCGGGGCUGUGUUGUCGCUUGGUAGUGCCCUGCCACAAAGGGAUGCCCCGCCUCACCGACCUGUCCGUCAAAACCAAAGACGUGUGGGAGAUCCCGCGGGAGUCACUGCAGCUCAUCAAGCGUCUGGGGAAUGGGCAGUUUGGGGAGGUCUGGAUGGGAACGUGGAACGGCACCACUAAGGUGGCGGUGAAGACUCUGAAGCCGGGCACCAUGUCUCCUGAGUCCUUCCUGGAAGAAGCCCAGAUCAUGAAGAAGCUCCGCCAUGACAAGCUGGUGCAGCUCUACGCUGUGGUGUCUGAGGAACCCAUCUACAUCGUCACUGAGUACAUGGGCAAAGGAAGCCUCCUGGAUUUCCUGAAGGAUGGGGAGGGACGAGGACUGAAGCUGCCCAAUUUGGUUGACAUGGCAGCCCAGGUGGCAGCAGGCAUGGCGUACAUCGAGAGGAUGAACUACAUUCACAGAGACCUGCGCUCAGCUAAUAUCCUGGUCGGGGACAACCUGGUGUGUAAGAUCGCCGACUUCGGAUUGGCCAGGCUGAUUGAGGACAAUGAGUACACAGCACGGCAAGGUGCUAAGUUCCCUAUUAAGUGGACGGCCCCGGAGGCUGCGCUGUUUGGGAAGUUCACCAUCAAGUCAGACGUGUGGUCGUUCGGCAUCCUGCUCACUGAGCUGGUCACCAAGGGACGGGUACCCUACCCAGGGAUGAACAACCGGGAGGUGCUGGAGCAGGUGGAGCGAGGCUACAGGAUGCCCUGUCCCCAGGACUGCCCCAUCUCCCUCCACGAGCUCAUGGUGCAGUGCUGGAAGAAGGACGCCGAGGAGAGGCCCACCUUCGAGUACCUGCAGGCCUUCUUGGAGGACUACUUCACGGCCACGGAGCCACAGUACCAGCCAGGGGACAACCUCUAAACGCUGGGCUCUGGGCUAGGAACAGGACUGGACUGAACCGUAGCUCUCUGGAGCCCCACCAGGGACCAGGGACCUGUACAUCUUCCUCAACUUAACAGAGCAUCUUGUCUCAACUCUCCUCACUCUCCGUGGCUGACCCUAAGACUCAACAGACUGGAUACCAGAGGUUUUGUGUGUGAGGGAGAGGGGGGUUUGAUCUAGCUGGGGCUGGGUUAAAUAGGU